AUGGCGACUAUGAAGGCUUCGGCGCCAAUGGCCGUGUCUCAGGUCCUCGCUGUCUGGCAGAAAGUGCUGAGCCUCUACUUUUCCUUUAUCUUCCGCUUCUCAGAGGUCCAUUGUGAGGUUCCCAGUGGGAAGCUGAUGGACAAAAUUGCGGUGGAGGCAGCUGAGGGUGCGAUUGAGUUGCAGCUGCCGAGAGCUUUUGCGGACUCCUUCAAUAGGAAGUUCAAGGAGACGACAGCAGAGAUGCUGAAGGAGUUGGGAGAAUCCGACUUUACGAGCAUCCUCAUCAACAGCUUCGCAGUGAGGGCCGCACAAUGCAUCGUGACUUUUGCUGCUGGCUGGCAGUGGGGCCUGUCUGCUGGAUUGCUGCAGUUCCUGGUGGCGCCACUUUCCUUCACAGGCUCCUUCAUUCGCUUGCUGACGAAUGUCUCCGAUUGUCUCCUGCACUAUGCUUGCAGCGCAGUGGCUCAUAUCGUCUUGCUGGCACUUGGACUUCCGUUGGCGCAAUGGUCCGGGCUACCCAGCAUCCGCAUCGAUGUCACGUUCCUGCUGGCCUUCCUCUUGGUGGACUUUGUGUUGAACUUGAUGGUGUACACCUUUACUUCCGAGAGUUUCGGACCGCGCCGACUACUCGUCCACAUUGCCUAUGGAACAUUCAACACCAAGACCUAUUUCUUGGUGGUGAUGGGCUGCCUCCGUGGGUACGAGCUGAACUUGGGGCAGCUGGUCAUCGCUUCCAUCCUCACCAUCGCUCUCAAGCAGAAGGGGCUGUACAAGCAGCUUUUGCAGGCGUCCGGUUGGCCCUGCUUCACAGUCUGUUUCUACGUGGAACAUCGGAUCGGGCACCUGCCGGUUGUGUACCAGCAUGCUCACAAAAUGCAUCACUACCUGCACGACUCCACUGCCUUUGAUGCGCACAUCUACGGCAGUGGCCUGAACGAGGAGUUUUUUUGGAUCCUCGCAGAGACGUUGCCCUGUCUCCUGGCGCCCAGUUUCUUCUUCCCGUACUUUCUGAAUAUCGACACGCUGUACUCGUCGUGGACCAACAAGUCUUCACACACUCGCACGGCGGAUGAGAAGGAGUAUGGCUUUUGCGACGAGGCGAACUUCCAUGCCGAUCACCACACCCUGCACCGGGCGAACUUCGGAUCGUCACAGGGCAUUCUGUUGGAUGUCUAUUUCGGCACCGCAGGGGCCAACACGCGGGGCGCGGCAGGCUUGACGUACGAGCGGAAGGAGCAUCCUAGCGACCCGGAGAAGUUCGUCAUCCGAAUCGAGCGCGCAGAAGGCUCCCUCAGGGUUGCGAGCACGGCGGCGGCGCCGGCCGUCACCCAGGACAAUGCGGACGAGCACACUCUCGCCAGCAGUGACCGUGUCGUUUCCGAGGCAGAGCUGGCGUCAAAGACCACAGAGGAGGAGGGAAUCUGGAUUGCCAUCGACGGCGACGUGUUGGACGUCACCGCCUUCCACAAGCGACACCCGGGUGGCAGCGACGUUCUCCUACAGUACGCCGGGGCCGACGCCACGUCCAUCUUCAAGGAAGUGGGCCACUCUCAGAAGGCGAAGGCCAUGGCUUUGAAGCGCCGAAUCGGCCGCCUCAAGGCUGCUGGCGCCGAGACGAGUACGGGAACAGCACGGGAGAGGCAGAGCUCCUUCCGCGAAGCUUGCUAG